UACAAUUGUUGUUGUCUAUUCUGCAAUCCAUUACCAAAACAACCUGCCUUUACUUAUUCCAUCAUAAAACCGCAAAGACAAGUGAGCAUAAAACUGCAAAUCAUUGAUGUGACUAUGUCACGUCACGUGUAUUACCACCACCAUCAUUUGAACAACGACGGGAACAAGUAACCUGAUGCAGCCAGCAUCAAGUUUUAUAUUUUCUUGUGAAUUUCUUACACAGCAGCAACUGAGUUUCCUUCCGUUUUUUAUUAUGUUGAAGUUGGAGUUGAAGUUGCACACUUGAAAUUGUCUACGGAAGUAAUAGUUUUACCAGAUUGUUAUAAUUUUGUUUUCGGUUCAUGUGGCAAAUCGUAUAAAAACGUUAGAUAGCCAUUUCUUACACCACACUUAACAAAGCGACAUUGAACAUUAAGGACAUUGUUUCUUAAGAUCACAAAUAAAUCAAAUAAAAUGGAACAAGUGAUAACGAUUUUAGCAAUUUUAUCAGCAUGCACUGCUGCAAGAAUACCGCAUCGUUCGGACUCAGCUUCUUUGGAUGUGGCAUAUCCACAGCCGAUCUCAUUAGACCGUUUCGAAGCCAUGUUACAGAGAGCAACACAAAUGCUCCGCACUCCAGCUCAAGUAGUUGAACCUGAACACAAUGAACCAGCAAUACCCAACUACAAUAUCAAUACUAGAGAUCCCGAAGCAAGCUAUUACCUGCCCAUGUACCAAAAUGAAAAGAAUCAAAAACUUGACGCCAAGAGCCGACAACUGCAAUACAUGUUGCCACCAACAGAGGAAAACCAAGAGUCAAAUUUUUACGUUAUCAAGCAGAAGAAACUGCCAAAAAAGUUUAAAAACGCAGCCAAACACAUCAAUGUUAAAGUCGUUGCUGAAGCAGAACGUGAUGAAGUUCCAGCGGAAAGAACUCCUCACAGUUAUAGUAAUGAGCACAACAUUAUUUUUGAUGAUUCAUUCUUUGGAGUUGAUGCUCAAGCACCUGUCCCUGAAGAAGUACCACAAGAACAUAAUACCGAUCAUGGAUUUAUUGCCCCACUUUAUUCGCGAAGAAAUCGCAAAGCUGAAGAUUUAUUUGCAACACAAAGUUCAAGGCGAGAGGCGAGAAUGAGAUUGGGAAUGCCAACAACUAGGUUUUCUAUCUUUUAUGGAAGGGAGUAAACAGGGGUAUUCAAGUUAAAAAUAGGAAUUACUAAUAAGUUUUAUAAUUUAUGACAUUUAUUAAAUUAAUUAAAAAAGAUUAUAGGUU